AUGAAUGAUGAUAUAAAUGAUUAUCUGCCAUCUUUAUUGAAUCCAAGAGCCAUUCAGAGAAACAGUGAUUUAUCACAAACUCAGGUUUCCCGAUUUGAAGAGGUAACUACAUCUGAACUGCCUCCCACUACCAUGGAAGGUGUAUCAAGUAUUACAUGUAAAGAUAAUAGCCAAUUAGGAAUUACUCCUAUCGCUGAACUUAAUAAUGAUAGACCCGUCUCGCUCAAUUUUAACAAUAUAAACAUAGAUGUUCCUAAACCUAACACCGAUGACAAUGAUAAUGACAAUAAUCACAAUUCUGUGAUACUAUUAUUGUUACAAGAACCCAGUAUGUGUAGUGAUACCACUCUUCUGUAUGAAGAAAAUAAAAUUCCCAUCACUUCAACAUCGUCUGUUGCCAAUUUUAACAAUACAAUUGUCACUUCAAAUAAUAAUAUGGAAAUUGCUGAUGAUUGCAAAGAAGAAAAUGAAGCUAUGGAUAAUGUUGACUGUGUUAAUGCUGAAAGCUGUCAAAAAUCUGACGAGUCAACAUUAGAUGUGAACAAUUUGACUGCUAAACUCAAGCCAUCAAAGAGAAAAUCUGUCUCUGCCAACUUAGAAAUUAAAAAACAAAAGUUGACACAUACAGAUGAUGGAGAAGAGGAAUUAAAAGUUCUUAUUUUAAACGCAAACGCCAUUGAGAAACUAUCCCCUGUCAUUAUACAACCACAAAAUUAUAAAUUAGUGAAACGAAAAAUUCGUGAUAGAAGUACAUUGAAAAAUAAAGUUUGCAAAGCGUGUGAGACAUAUAAUGGGAAAAGUGUUAGAGGCAAUUUAAAACAGAAACCAAUAGAUAGUUAUUUCAAUAGUGCUUACCAUCUGAGGUCUUAUACUAAGAGGUUAAAGGAUAAUGUUGACUCAGUUAAUCACGCACUAGCCGCGGUGCGUGAUGACGCUCAGGAAAUGAGCAAAAAUUUGGGUAUAGCCGACCUCAAAUGCGAUAUAGGCCGGUCGUUAAAGGAGCGCAAAAAUGACAAAUUACCAAAGCUAUUGCCGUAUUCAGCGCCAGCUAAGCGGGAUAUCAAGGCGUCCAUGUCGGAGGCGCCCAGCGGUUUGUCGCCGAGAAAUAGACAGGAUAGCCUAGGCUCCCACUCGCCGAAAAAAAACGCUGACUCCAUUCAGCUCGGUCUGGGAUUGAAGACGAAGUCAAAUAAAACAAGCGUCAAUCGAAACAUUCCACAUUAUAAAAUUGUCGCAGGGACGCAUUUUGCCGUCGAUGCAUUCUCAUACGGCGAUAUACCCAACGUCAAGCAUUACUUCCUGACGCAUUUCCAUUCCGACCAUUAUUCGGGUUUAAAGAAGAAUUUCAACAAAUUGAUUUUCUGCUCACAAAUAACAGCGGAUUUAUGCAUUUCGCGUUUGGGCGUUAAUUUGAAAUGCUUUCACGUUAUAAACGUCGGUGAAACUAUAAAAAUUGAGGGUGUGGAGGUCACAGCCGUUGACGCUAAUCACUGCCCUGGUGCUUUGAUGUUGGUAUUCACUUUGCCAAAUGGUAAAACACUUCUGCAUACUGGGGAUUUUAGGGCCUGUCCUCCUAUGGAGUCAUAUCCUGUUUUUUGGAACAAAGAUAUACACACAAUAUAUCUUGAUACAACCUAUUGCAAUCCUCGCUACGAUUUUCCAACGCAAGAUCAAAGCUUGGAGAUGGCUCUGUAUAUCCUGAGACAAAAGAAAGUUAGCCUAGAGAAGGCCGGGAAGCUGUUUUCAUCUGUACUCAUUGUGUGCGGAACUUACACCAUUGGUAAGGAGAAGUUCUUCCUUGGUCUGGCUCGUCGUGUGGGUUGUUCAGUGUGGGCUUGUCCGGAGAAGGACCGCGUGUUGCAAGCGGUGGAGGGUCGCAGCUUCAAUCACUCGCAACCAGCCAGCUGUCAGCUACAUGUGGUACCUAUGAGGGAUCUCGUGCAUGAGAAAUUACAGACAUAUCUGGAAAGCCUGAAGGGAUCGUUUAGCGAAGUUGUUGCUUUCAAACCCAGUGGCUGGGAAAAUGGUAGAAAUUCAUCCGUGCAAAAGGACUCUGUUACAAUACAUGGUAUACCAUACAGUGAACAUUCUAGUUUUUCGGAAAUGAUUAGAUUUGUCAAAUUUCUUAAGCCCAAACAAGUUGUACCCAUAGUUGAUAUUUCUGGUGGGAUUAAAACUGUGCAGAAGUUUUUUCCCUGCCCAUUGGUUAAUAGAGAAGAUAUGCAGUGUCAAAGUCGGGUCACAGACUUCUUCACACACGGCUGA